AUGCUACACGGUUACCCUCCUCCGGGCCAGCAGCAAGGUCAGCAGUCUGAGGCUCUGCAGCAGCAGCAGCAACCUCAACAGCAACAGCAACAAACUCCACAGGCUAUUCCUGCAAUGCGUCUCCGCGACGACCCACUGCCGCCCCAACCUUCCACAUCUCAGGCACCCGCACAGCCAGCCGCCCCAGCUGCAACAACCCGUUCUCGCAAACGUAAAUCUCCCCCAACAACAACCACCCAGCCGCCGCCGCCGCCACCACAGCAGCUCCAGCAGCCUCCGCCUGGCAUAUUUCUUCCUCCAAUGUUACCACCCCCGCAUGGACACCAUCCAUCGCCCAUGCCCAUUUAUUUCUCUGGCCCUCCGGGGCCCGAGUUCGGUGGACCUCCACCCCACCCGCCCCCGGGUGAACAACCUUCCCCACAGAUUGAGGGUCAGCCUGGUGGUCCUGAUGACUCAAAGGCCAAUGGUCGUCCAUUGAGUCAGACCAAGCGGGCAGAGCAAAAUAGGAAGGCGCAGAGAGCGUUCAGGGAACGUAGGGAUCAGCACGUUAAAGCCCUCGAGUCGCGUUCUCAACUACUGGAUGCAGCACUUGCGUCCGCAGAUGAGGCGAAUCGUCGAUGGGAGGAAUGUCGAGCGCUUAAUGACAGACUCCGCGAUGACAUCACACAUCUCCGCGAGGAAAACACGCACCUCCGUCAACAGCUCGACGAGGUGUACUCCCAGAUUCCACAGGGUUUACUCUCACAUCUCAUGCCCUCCCAGCCCCAGCAGCAGCCACCAACACAAGCGCAGCCUCAGCCAGCGACGGCUGAGGCGGAGAAGAAGGAUGACACUGCCUCCAAAGAGUGA